AUGAACGUUCCUCUCCUGCUUUUACUCUUCUCUCAGUUGCUCCGCUCUGCAGCGCUAACGGGAUCUCAACACGUUUCUUUGGAGCACCAACUUGUCGGCGAAGGGCGCAUAUCAGGGCGCAGGACUGGCAGACUGUACUGUAGAGUUGGAAUAGGUUUCCACCUUCAGAUUCACCCCGAUGGAAGAGUCAACGGGAGUCACGAACCGAAUCGGUUAAGUGUGCUGGAGCUGUUUGCCGUGUCUCAAGGGGUUAUAGGAAUCCGGGGAGUUUUCAGCAAUCAAUUUCUAGCCAUGAACAAGAGGGGGAGGCUUCAUGCGACUGAAAGCUUCACAGAUGACUGCAAGUUCAGGGAGCGGUUUCAGGAGAACAGCUACAACACGUAUGCUUCAGUGAUCCACAAGAACCAUCGCACUGGUAGGGAGUGGUUUGUGGCACUAAACAAGAGAGGUAAAGCAAAAAUGGGGUCCAGUCCGAGAGUGAAGUCACAACAUGUGUCUACACAUUUUCUUCCCAGGAUGAGCCUGAAUAAGAGGACUGAGCAAGGUUUCACAAUAACAGACAAAGAAAAGGAGAAUAAACCACCUCCACAGCCAUCAAAAACCUCAAUAACAAAAGUUACACUGAACAGUGGAAAGAGGAAUCAGCAAAUAGUCAAGUACUGGCCAAAGUUUAGAUUUGGAUAG